CUUGCUGCAUAGACGCGCCGCCGAGGCGAGGCCCAGAGGAAACCCUAGAGAAACCCCGAGCCAAGCACGACACCAGAUGGCCUCCGCCGGCGGCAAGCCCAACGCCAACACCGGCGGCGACACCAAGGGGAGGAAGCGCAAGUUCCUGCCCCACGGCAAGCCGGUGCGGAAGGGCGCGUACCCGCUGCGCCCCGGCGUGCAGGGCUUCUUCAUCACCUGCGACGGCGGCCGCGAGCACCAGGCCACCCGUGAGGCGAUCUCCCUCCUGGACACCUUUUACGAGGACCUGGUUGACGGGAAAGUAUUUGAUGAGAAGCCCAAGAGCAUCCCUGACAAGCCGCUGAACAAAAAAAUAAAGUUUGAGGACUCUGAUUCCUCUGAUGAUGAGGAUGAAGGUCAUUCAGUGGAGGAGGCUGACAAUGGAAAUGAUGUAGAAAAAGGUGAAGCAAAGUCAUCUGAGCAGCAACAAGAGGUACCUGGUGCCUUGGAAGUUGUCAGCAAGGAGGAUGAAGAACAAGUGGAAACUGCCGACGGAUCAGCGCCAAAGAAACAACGUAUAGAAGAUCCUUUGGUUUCUGAACAGACAGAACCAAAAGUGCCCACUGAUGAACCAACAGAGACUACUGAUGAUAAGCCAAAGGAGUCCACUGAUAGACCAGCAGAGACUACUGAUGAUAAGCCAAAAGAGUCCACUGAUAAGCCAGCAGAGACUACUGAUGAUAAGCCAAAAGAGUCCACUGAUAAACCAACAGAGACUAGUGAUAAACCAAAAGCGUCCAACGAUAAACCAAAAGAGUUCACUGGUAAACCAAAAGCGUCCAAUGACAUACCUAUUGAUGAUUUAAUUGAUGAGGACCUGAAACAACUGGGGGACAGGAAAAAGAGGCUGUUUGCAAGCGUCGAUUCCGGUUGCAAUGGUUGCAUCUUCAUUCAAAUGCACAAAAGAGGUGGAGACCCUGGUCCAGUUGAGAUUGUACAAAACAUGAUGUCUUCGGCUGCUUCAACUCGUAAACAUAUGUCCAGGUUUAUUCUGAGGGUGUUGCCUGCUGAGGUGGUAUGUUAUGCUUCAGAAGAGGAAAUAACAAGAGCCGUUACUCCACUUGUUGAAAAGUACUUUCCCAAAGAAUCUCCUUCGGGACAUAAGUUUGCUGUGUUAUACGAAGCAAGGUCAAACACAGGAAUCGAUAGAAUGAAAAUUAUAAAUGCAGUAGCAAAAUCUAUACCUCAACCUCACAAAGUUGACCUCAGCAACCCCGACAAGACUAUUAUUGUCCAGAUUGCCAAGACUAUAUGCAUGAUUGGAGUGGUGGAGAGAUACAAAGACCUUUCGAAGUUCAACCUAAGGCAGCUGACCUCGCCACCGGAGAAGUAGUUUCUGCGUGACAAAUUCUUCCUCCUGGUUGAGUUUUAAGCAGAUGCAGCAUCAGUUGGUUACUACGAGUAGCUACCGUGAAAGACAUUGCCAAAUGAUUCAGGUGUAUUAUGCCGUUAAAACAGAUGGCCAUUGUCGUGUGGAUGCAUCCUGAAUUGCUUGCUUAAUGCCGUAUGGUGCAAUUUUGGAACCUGUUGAAUUUCCUACAGCGAUCGUUGGAAUAAAGGGUUAAUUAGAUUCA